AUGAGCACCUUGGCCUUGUACCGCGGCAUCUACACCCAAGAGGACUUCCAACAAGUCUAUGGGGUGCCCCUGGAGCAGGAGAGCAGCCUAGCAAGGAUGGUGAAAGGCAGGCUGAGCCGCUGCUGCCACUGCUCCAAAGCGGCAGCCUUGCACUUAUUUAGAAGAAGGAUGCCUAUUGCAAGUUGGCUGCCCAAGUACCAGCCAAAGAAGUGGCUUUUGGGGGACUUGGUGGCGGGGUUAACCGUGGGCGUCAUACACAUCCCUCAAGGAUUUUCUUUUGAUAUAUUAAAACCUUGCCUUCCUACCUCAACCUCUUCCCACUCCACAGGCACAUUUGCUGUGGUCAGUCUGAUGACAGGCUCCGUGGUGGAGCGCCUGGUUCCCAUCCCCCAGCAGGCCAAUGGCACAGGUCCUGCUGAAGUCGCCGUAUUGGAGAGACAACGCAUUGAGGUAGCUGCCGCCAUGGCCUUUCUCAUGGGGCUCCUCAUGGUCAUGAUGUUUAUGCUUCACUUGGGCUUCCUUUCCACCUACCUCUCGGAACCAGUGGUCAAGGCCUUUACUAGUGCCGCUGCCUUGCACGUGGUAGUUUCUCAGCUACAGAGCCUCCUGGGAAUAUCCUUACCACGGCCCAAUGGCUACUUUGCCAUUUUCAAGACACUGGCAUCUGUUGUGGAAGCGUUGCCCUUAACCAACAUGGCAGAACUGCUUAUCUCUGGGCUCUGCUUAGCUGUGCUGGUACCAAUCAAAGAAAUCAACCACCGUUACCGUAGCCGGAUGUGGGUCCCCAUCCCAGGAGAGAUCAUCAUGGUACUGCUUGCCACAGGAAUCUGCUUUGCUUCCUCUCUGAAUACCCACUAUAAUGUACAGAUUGUUGGACACCUCCCAGCAGGGUUCCCACAGCCCCAGCUCCCAGCUCUGCAUCUGCUGCCCCAAGUGUUGGGUGACACGGUGGCCCUCGCUUUCGUGGCCUACGCCAUCUCAGUGUCGCUGGCCAUGAUCUACGCUGAGAAGUACCACUAUGUCAUUGACCCCAACCAGGAACUUCUGGCUCAUGGUGUUUCAAACCUAGUCUCUUCCCUGUUCACCUGUUUCCCCAAUUCAGCCACUCUGGCUACAACUAACAUUUUGGAGAGUGCUGGUGGACAUACACAGCUUUCUGGACUCUUCACCAGUGCCAUUGUCCUGAUUGUGUUAAUCUGGAUUGGACCACUCUUUCAUUAUUUACCAAAGGCUGUCCUAGCUUGUAUCAAUGUCACCAGUCUUCGACAGAUGUUUCUGCAGUUCCGGGACUUACCUGAGUUGUGGAGGAUCAGCCAUGUGGACUUCGCUGUGUGGAUGGUCACGUGGCUUUCCGUGGUUGUGCUUAGUGUGGACUUUGGCCUGGCAGUGGGAGUUGUGUUCUCCAUGAUGACUGUUGUAUGCCGCACACAGAGGGCUGAAUGCUCUGUGCUGGGCCGAGCAGCGGAUACGGAAAUCUACAAGCCCGUCAAGUACAACAGCAAGUGCUUUGAGAUCCCAGGUGUGAAGAUCUUAAGUUACCAGGCCCCCAUCUAUUAUGGAAACCGCAGCUUUUUUAGAGAUAUUGUCAGCAAACUUGUGGGGCUGCAGCAAGACUGCAAACAGUCUGAGGAUCCACCGUUUAACAGCAGGAUAAAAAUGGACAUCACUACAGUGGACAGCACCGUUUGUGUCUUGGAAAAGAAGCUUAGCUCAGGCUUAGAUGUACAGGCUGUGAUUUUUGACUGCAGUGGAAUAUCCUUUGUGGAUUCAUCUGGCGCACGGCUCCUUAUCCAGGUGUGUGUGGAAUGUCAAAAAGCCGGCAUUCAGAUACAUUUGUCUGCCUGUAAUGCCAAUGUCCUACAGACCUUGAGUUUUUGUGGCCUCAUGCAUCACCUAACCCCUCAGCAGAUUUUUGUCACCGUUCAUGACGCUGUAUCCUACCUCCAGCAAACCACGGAAAACAUGGAACAGAAGGAUCCUACCAUCUGGGUAUAA